CUUCUCGAGUUCAGUCAGUCGCAACUCGCAGUCAGUGACCGAAUCGAAUUGUAGUUGGAGUGUCGCUCCUUUACGCUAAAUAUAUCGUUAUCGAAACUGUCGUUUUUAAAAAACAAAAGCUACUUGGAUUUCUGUGACAAGAAUGAAACAACUUUGAAAUAAAAUCGAGUUAGUCUGUGGUGCCUUGCGCGUCGGUUUAACAAUUAUGUUUUGUUAAAUAUAAGUUAAUUUGCUAAUUUGCUGUGAUUUCGCGGUAUUUACGUUGUCCUGUAGUUUGUGAAUGGAACAUCAACAACCCGUGUAGCUAUGAAAGGAUGUUGUUAGUGCUUAAUGACAAAAUAUCCGUAUUAAUAGAUAUUUGAAAAUUGAUGGGAUUGCACUUCUGGUGUUUAGAGUCGGUGUGAUGGUGCGGUUGCCAGUGCUCCUGCUGGCGGUUGCACUGUGCCGCGCCGCCACACUCGACUCGGAGCUGGGCGUGGGCAAAUCCAUCAACAUAUUUAUGAGAUAUGGCUACCUCAGUAUUUGCAUGCGGGUGGUUCCGCGGAAUGACACGGACGGGUGGGUUUUCCGUGAGCCGACGGUCAGCGUGUUCCAGGACACGGAACGCUUUGUGGUCGCGCCAAAACCGCGUCAAGCCAAGACGCUGUUCGAUGGAGACUUUCAUAUGGAAUUUUGCGAUAACUUGAAGCAACUACUUCAAGCAUAUUUUAGGGAUUUUAGUUUUGAAAGAUUAGAGCGUCCAUGGCGAGCGUUCACCGCUGGCUGGCCCACGGAUAUCAUGGCCCGUAAUCUUGGUAUCAAUUCUUCAUUCAUCAAUGGUGACCAUUGCUACGUCCUCGUAAGGGUUUCUAGGUUCCGUGAAACAGCUAAACUCAAAGAUCUACCUCCAAACAUCGUAGUCGAGGACGUGGUGAACGAAGCCAUAGAAGAAAUUAAAAUUGGAGACACGGUGUCCGUAGCGGACUUUAUCAGGAAAUAUGGAUCGCACUACAUUGCGUCAUAUAUCACGGGUAACUCCUUGUAUCAGGUGUUUGUGUUCUCUAGAACCGCAUACUCUAUGAUCAAAGAAAGACUUAAAAGCAAGGGCGUUGCGGAUAUAACGGCUAAGGAGUUGGAAGGUUACUUCUCACCUUGGCAGGCCAAACACAUUGGCCAGAUUAAGGUCGCAAGCGGUAACAAAACAGUGGAAAGCUGGGCUAUGAAGCGUCUAAGAGUACAUUACUACAUAUUCUCCUAUCCCAGUUUAUUGAAACUACACGGAGAGCCGACCCUACUGAGAAACUUAGACACGUUACUGGGAAACGAAGCUUUAUUACAAUUAGAAUUAAAGACACUAUCGCCUGCAUUCAAAGAUACAAAGAAAAGAAAAUGGUUCGAAGAAGUAAUAGACAAUUAUUUGAAAUUGUGGGAAAGUAAUAUGUGAUGAUAGAUAGAUAAAUUAGUUAAUUUAAGUAAUAUAGUCGCUUUACAAAGUUCGAAGGACGACAAAUGACAAUAAACAUCAUGCAAGAUUAAUAUGUCGAAGUGACAUUUAAAAUUUCCUUUGUAUUUUAUUUAUUAACUGUUUUAAAUGAGAAAGAGUAUUAAUAAGUACAUUCUUACCGUAAAUUUCAUUCCAAUGUAGACGAAAAAAUAUAUUUUUUGAAUAUCACUUUUAUUAAAUUCUCCUGUUAUAUCUGUGCAAAUAAAUAUUUUUGAAACUAGCAACAAAAUAGUUUUAAAAAAGUCGACGUUAAACAACAUUUGCUCGUAUGUGAUAAAAAUAAGAAAAGGGUGUAUAAAUUUUACAAAAUAAUUAUAAUUCAUUUGUUUAAAU